AUGGUCCAGAGUUGGCGGGCAGCAGGUUUGUCUUCUUUGAUUGAACCCCGUAUCCAUAAUUUUAAUGAUGUUAAAUCCUUUAUUCUUGAUAUUUGUCAUAGAGAGGGUAUGAGGGACGCCGGUAGGUUCGCGGUGCUGUUGGAUGAAAUAUGGAAGAAUAGGAAUAAUAUUGUUUGGAAUGACACGCGGGAAGAGGCGACAAAAAUUGGUUUGCAAGCCUACUUCAAUUGGCGGGAUUGGUUCUUAGAAAGAAGGACUGAUGAGGGGGUACAGGAACAUCCUCCACCUACCGUUUGGACACCUCCUGAUGAAGGUACAUUCAAGUGCAAUGUUGAUGCCGGCUAUAAUAAUAGGUUGGGUACGUCGAAUAGAGGAUGGUGUGUUAGAAACAAUGGUGGUCAUUUUAUUAUCGCAGGUGUAGCUUGGGACUACGGUUUAUUACCAACUAAUGUGGCGGAAGCAAUGGCGUUGAAAGAAGCGAUACAAGGUGCUAUUUCCCUUCAGUUGAAUAAUGUUAUUUUUGAAAGCGACUCCCAGUUGGUGGUGAAAGCCAUUCUCAAAAAUCAAGUUGGUAGAUCUGAAUUUAGCCAUGUUAUUUUAGCCAUUAAGAAUUUGUUACAUUUCUUUCCAAACUUUGAGGUCAAGUUCAUAAAGCGCCAAGCGAAUUCGGUUGCCCAUAAGUUAACUAAGGCGGUCAAUUCUUGGUCUAGGCGUCAUGUUAUUAAUGAGACUCCUCUCUGUAUUGUGUCACAUUUGAUUAAUGAAAGGCAUUGA